AUGUCAGGAUCACACUUGCCCGGCGAUGAGCCAAUCACCAGUCGUAAAAGGCCCAGGAUCUCAGGUCUGUAUCAUCGGAAGAGAGCCGUGGCCGCAUGCCAGCCGUGUCGAGUGCGCAAGACGAAAUGCGACAACAUCAAACCGAGCUGCGGAUUCUGUACUCGGAGCGCAGCCCAAUGCACGUAUGCCGAUACCGCAAGUGAUCAUUCAUCAUUCGAUCCUGCGAGCCUGGCCAUCCUGGAACGUCUCGGACACGUCGUAUCCCUCCUAGAGACUCGUCAGUCUGGGUCAUCACCACAAGAUUUAUCCCCCGGAACACAAACUCAGUCGUCUCAAACCGUCGUAGGUCCCUCGCCUUCCGACCCAAUCGGGGAUCUGGACAUUGAGGAUGAUCUACUCGAGGAGACUCCCAAUUUCCCUGCUGCCAUCAGCAACUGUGAGAGCGUUCUCAGAUGGCCCAUCUUCCAGGGCAUGGUACCAGAUAUUGAAUCAUUCGUUUGUUGGCCGACAAAUGACCAGCCUGCAAGUUCCUUGCCAUCUCAUAGAGGCUCAGGCAGGCUUGGGCAGGGCAUCCAAGAAGAUGACUUUAUUCCUCUCUCUAAGAGAUUUCUGGCCUAUGCCCAUACGAAGAACCCCAUCUUGGACGUAGCAGAAUAUUCCUGCUACGUGAGAGAUGCAGCUGAAAAUGGCUUGCAGUGGAAUGGCCCAUCCUGUCUCGUACUUGUUUCUUGUGCUUUGGGAAGUAUGGCUAUGCCAUUUCAGUCCACAAAUGAGGCACGGGAGCCACGGUCAAAUUCCGCUCCCGUAAUGGACAACAUGAAAACAAGCUUAGCCUACUUUGCUGCAGCGAAGAAAAGACUGGGGCUUAUGGAGCCUUCGUCGCUUUACGUCCAAUGCUUGUUUCUCUGUGGCGUGCUGGAGAUGUACCAUAUGGAUGCACUUCGAGCCUGGCAUUUCUUCAACCAGGCCUGUGUGCAGUUUCGAAACCUGCUUUGGAGGCACGGGCAUUCUCAGUCUACUGGCGGCAGGCAAAUCACCACUGAGAUGAGACGCUUAGAGCAAAGGCUCUAUUGGUCGUGCAUGAAAUCAGAAUGCGAACUGAGGUGCGAAAUUGCCCUUCCAGCCAGUGGAAUAAGCCGUUUUGGCUUCCCAAAUCUAUUCCCAUCUCCACCCAACGAGCUAUCGUUGCCUGUCGUCCAUUCCGACCGAGGCGACACCUCAAGUGUAGCCGAAUUUCUAGAUCCAGAAGAGGAAAGAAGUUGGUUCUACUACUUAGCCGAAAUUUCAUUCCGAAGAAUGAUGAAUCGAGCUUUCACGGCACUAGGGAGAAAUGGAGAGGUAGGCUGGAUCCAAGACUUUCAUGAGAAUCUUAAGCAGUACGCUGCCCUUAAAGAUCAAAUCGAUGUCUGGUAUUCUCACAUCCCAGCCCAGAUUAACCCUGCCCAGAGCGAAGGUCAUAAUCAUGAACUUGCCCACUUCGUCAAGGCGCGAGCACUUCUAUACCAAGAGUGGAUUCACAGGCCAUUCCUAUACUACGUCAUUCACCAAGACGUAGACGAUCCGAAUAUAUCUCAAGCCAUGCCGUUGGCCGAAAAAUGUCUGAACUUGUGCGUCCAGUGGCAGCUCUUCGUUCACCCUUUUCACCGUCACCAUGGGACGUGGUACAUUGCUCGGAAUUCCAUCACCCGCGCGUCGCUUCUCAUCGCAGCAGCUAGGAGCAAGAAGUUACAUUUACCCGACGGCUGGAGGAACAUUGUCGACUCUGCGUUGCAGGUGGUGCAGUACUGGGAAGAUGAAGCCCCAGAUCUGAACAAGGCUGCCGGGAUCUUGCGCAACCUCAUAGCGGACGUCUAA